GACUCGGGGAAAUGUACCUACUUUGGAUAGUCUUCGUAAUCCAUGGGACGGCGUUGAGUUUAUGCGCUGAUCCAAAGAUAGUUUAUAAGAUUAAGAAUGUCGAGUGCAGCGCUAACCCGAAAUACGUAGAGAACCUCACCUGCUCCAUUAAGGCGGUCAAUUGGAACAAGGCGACUGUUCAAUACGACGGUGAUCUCGUUGUGCCAUUGUACAAUUGCUCGGUCCAGUUUGAGGUAUUUAAAAGGGGCUACACCAAUACGUACCAUCCAUUCCUGAUCAAUACUACGUUUAAUGUGUGUGACAUCCUUGCAAAACGAAGCUUCUUUUCCUACGGUAGAAUUUGGGUCAAUCUAGUCAAAGAUUAUACAAAUGCCUACCACACCUGUCCGUUUGAGUGCGCUGAUUCCGCGCUUGUGUAUAAGUCGACCAAUAUUGAAUGCUUCCCGGAUCCCGCAUUCGCCGUAAAUGCAACCUGCUACCUCAAGGCAAUCAAUUGGAACAAGGCCGUGGCCUACAUGGACUGUGAUCUGAUACUACCUCUGACAAACACAUCGGUGCACAUAGAGUUGUUUAAGCGCGACUACAGCAAUCGAUAUCAUCCGUUUCUGGUUAAUGCAGUUGUCAAUUUAUGUGACAUUAUCUCCAAGAGGAAUUUUUUGACCUAUGGCAUGAUGUUUUGGAAAGUGAUCAAGAAAUACACAAAUGUAAAUCACAGCUGCCCCAUUAAGGGUCAUCUGCUGGCUAGAAAUUUGUACAUAGAUGAGAAGCUAAUGCCGAAUUUCCCACUUGGCUUUUAUCUAAUUUCUCUAAAAUUCUUUGAGAACUACGCAGAUGGACCUGCUCGAUUCGUUGGUACCGUAAAGUUUUAUGUGAAUGUUAAGGAAAUGGUUAAAAUUAAGCAACAGUAG